GACUAAAAUAGUUUAGAAAAACUAACCUGUAUAAUAUAUGCCUUCUUAUACCAACCAACCAAACCAUGACGAUAGCCAAAGCCAGAGUUAGUCUCAGAGAUUAUAAUGAAGGUCAUCACAUGACGACGGCCAAGUACCACGACCCUUUAAGCCUCUCACUUGAGUUCUGCAAAAACUCACGCAACUAGUCUCAAAGUCCACAUCUUUAACUCAAAAGAAUGUUGAGACUGAGAUUUUGGGGUUGCCUCAUUGGUCUGGCUUGUUCUUGCUUCUUCCUAGUUGCGGUUGCACAAGUUACAAAUCCUUCUGAAGUGGAUGCAUUGAGAGCAGUGAAGGGUAGUUUGAUUGAUUCCGGGAAGCAUUUGAAGAAUUGGGACAAAGGGGAUCCAUGUGAAGCGAAUUGGACCGGAGUUUUGUGUUCCGGUGAUGUUGGGACUGAUGGAUACUUGCAUGUCCAAGAGCUGCAACUGCUGAGUAUGAAUCUCUCAGGAACUUUAGCGCCUGAGCUUGGCAAACUAUCUCAACUUCUGAUAUUAGAUUUCAUGUGGAAUGACUUAAGUGGGACUAUACCGAAGGAGAUAGGAAACAUUACGUCCUUGAAACUCUUGCUCUUGAAUGGAAACAAACUAUCGGGUUCCUUGCCUGAUGAGCUCGGUUAUCUUGAAAAUCUACAUAGACUACAAGUUGACGAGAACCAUCUUUCAGGUUCAAUACCAAAAUCAUUUGUUAACUUGCGCGGCUUAAAACACCUCCAUAUGAACAACAACUCCUUCAGUGGCCAAAUUCCAUCUGAGAUUUCUGAAAUACCCGUUCUUCUUCAUGUGCUCUUGGAUAAUAAUAACUUAUCUGGAUAUCUUCCACCAAAAUUCUCCAACAUACCAGAGUUGCGCAUACUUCAACUCGAUAACAACAACUUCACGGGAACUGAGAUUCCAGCUACUUAUGGAAACUUUUCCAGAUUGGCAAAGUUAAGUCUCAGGAACUGCAGUUUGCAGGGAGCAAUUCCUGAUCUUAGCCGGAUACCUAACCUCAGUUAUCUAGAUCUAAGCUGGAAUCAUCUUGCGGGACCGAUACCAUCACAUGGACUUUCUGACAAUAUGACAACAAUUGUUCUGUCAGAUAAUCACCUUAACGGAUCUAUUCCUGAAGGUUUCUCUCAUUUUCCUCAUCUUCAGAAAUUGUCGCUCAAAAAUAAUCAGUUGAACGGUUCUGUCCCUGCUAUAUGGAGGAACAUAUCUUUUAGUACAAGAGCUAGACUUUCAUUUGAUCUCCGGAACAAUUCACUCUCUAACAUAUUGGGAGAGCUGAAUCCUCCAGCAAAUGUCACCUUGAGGCUUGAAGGAAAUCCUAUUUGCAAGAAUGCUAGCAUAGAAAAUAUAAGCCCAUUCUGUCAAUCUGAAGCGAGAGAUGGGAUCUCCGAAGAUUCAAUAAAUUCAACUCAACAGAUGACCUGCUUUAUUCAGGAAUGUCCAGAGGAUGAUUUCUAUGAAUUUGUUCCAUCUUCCCCUGUGCCAUGCUUUUGUGCAUCACCUAUUAUAGUUGAAUAUCGUCUGAAAAGCCCGAGCUUUUCUUACUUUGGUCCAUAUAUACAGCAGUUUGAAGAGUAUUUAACUAGUUGUCUAAAAUUGGAGAUUUACCAGUUAUCAAUUCGUUCCUUUGUCUGGGAAAAAGGGCCUCGUUUACGGAUGCAAUUGAAGUUCUUCCCUGUGUAUGGUGCUUCACACUUGCAUAAAUUAAAUGCAAGUGAGGUUCUGCGAAUUAGAGGCAUCUUUACAUCAUGGGAAUUUCCUCAGAAUCAUUUCUUUGGACCAUAUGAGCUACUCGACUUCAAACUGCUGGGACCUUAUUCAAAUAUGAUUGUUAAGAGACAAAAGAUGGGCUUCAGUAAGGGUGUAUUAGCAGCUGUUAUAAUAGGGGCCAUUGCUUCUGUUGUCAGUAUAACUGCAACAGUCAUGCUUCUGUUCACAAGAUGCACCAGAAACCGAUACACACCACCUUCAAGGAGACACUCAUCGUCCAAGAUUUCUAUGAGAAUUGAUGGUGUAAAGGCGUUCACUUUCAAAGAAAUGACACUAGCCACCAGGAACUUUGAUAGUGCAACUCAACUUGGACGAGGAGGCUAUGGGAAAGUUUAUAAAGGUAUCUUAUCUGAUAACACAGCUGUAGCCAUAAAACGUGCAGAAGCAGGAUCCCUACAGGGUGAGAGAGAAUUCUUGACCGAGAUACAAUUAUUAUCAAGGCUACACCAUCGAAACUUAGUCUCUUUGGUAGGAUACUGUGAAGAAGAAGGGGAGCAGAUGCUGGUUUAUGAAUUCAUGCCUAAUGGUACCUUACGUGACUGGCUUUCUGAUAAAACCAAGGGAAGCCUGGACUUCAGUAUGAGAUUACGUAUUGCAUUGGGUUCAGCCAAAGGAAUUCUUUAUCUCCAUACUGAGGCAAAUCCUCCUAUAUUCCACCGAGAUAUUAAAUCCACAAAUAUACUUUUGGACUCCAACUAUAUUGCUAAGGUGGCCGAUUUUGGACUCUCACGACUAGCACCUGUCCAGAAUGAUGAAGGGACUGGCCCUGCAUACGUAUCUACAGUCGUGAAAGGAACACCGGGCUACCUGGAUCCAGAGUAUUUCUUGACCAGUAAGUUAACAGACAAAAGCGAUGUCUAUAGCCUUGGAAUUGUGUUUCUGGAGCUCUUGACUGGUGUGCUGCCAAUAUCACAUGGCAAAAACAUUGUUCGCGAGGUGAAUAUGGCUCAUCAGUCAGGCUUGAUGUUCUCCAUUAUAGAUAGCAGAAUGGGUUCGUAUCCAUCUGAAUGUGUUCAGAGGUUUGUAGCUUUGGCCCUCAGAUGUUGCCAUGAUAAACAAGACUACCGGCCAUCAAUGCUGGAUGUGGUGAGGGAGCUCGAGAACAUAAUCAAACUUAUGCCGGGAGCUGAAACAAUGUUUUCACCAUCUGGUUCCUCAUACACUGAAAAAUCAUUAACUUCAUCAUCGACUUUUACUGGGGACCUAUAUAUGUCCUCCUCCAUCGUGGAAGGAAGCGAUCUAACCAGUGGUGUAAUCCCUACCAUCUCGCCUCGGUGACAGCAUGAGGAGUUGGUGUAAGUAUAUUGGGCUAUUUCCAUUCAACACACACUUUCCCAAGGCCACUAGGAGAUCAGAAGUUGCAAAGGAUUAGGAAAAUACUUCUCCUACUUUCCCGGUGAUCCAAGGAGACUAAAGAGGUUUGAAGUAUCGGAUCACAAAGAGAGAAAAUCAAGGAGAAUCAAGCUCACUGAUCUUAGGAUAAGGGUAGAUUGCAUUUUCAUACAAAUCUGCAUGCAUCGUAGAUCUAAAUUGUUGAGUGAUUUCUUGAGUUGAUUUGGACAAUCUUAUAUGCAUUAAACUGUUUUUCAAAAAACCAUAUCAGAUAAAGAUUGUGAUUGCAUAUAGUUAGCUAGAAAGGAUUGGGUGUUUAUCGAAAUCAGUUUUAAAACCUUUCCUUGAGUAUCUUAUUCGAUGAUAAAUAGAGAUUUGAUUGAGGGGGAGUCUUGCUCCUAUAUAAAGGUUGAAAAACUGUAUUCAGCUGUAGAGUUUUUUAUCCGAGUGUUGUUCAUUGUGUGUUGCUUAGUCUUCAUAGAUUGUUUUAAGAAAAAGUCUCAUUGAUUGUCAUUCGCUUUGUAUGCUCACUGUGUUCAUCUCCAUACAUCAAUCUUAAGAUUAGUGGGUCAUUGAUACAAGAGAAGACUGGAAGAUCAGUUCAUCUAGAUAUUGUGAUACUUGUGUUGAGUAGAGAUAUCAGUUGUAAACCAAGUUAGCUGUGUUGCUAGUGAAUGUGAUUGUGAUAAACAUCACUACUUGUAUACUGUAAACAUAUUGAUUCAUAGUGAAUUUGUUUUUUGUGUUGGCUACGUUAAAAGCCAUGCAGUGAAGUUUCCUCAGUGGUGAGGUUUACACUGCGUUAGCAGUUGA